UUGUUCGCGCAGCCAAUGGGAACUGAGGACAGCGGAGGGGAUGGUAUAAAUAGCAAGGUGACAGCAGCGCGGCAGCCACUCAACACGACAGCAGCGCAGAGAGAGGCUCGGGGAGGACCGGCUUGAGUUAAUUCAUUACUAAAUCGACCGCCACAAUGUACGCUUGUGCUAAAUUCGUCACCUCUCCUGCUGUGCUUCGCAAUGGAUCCAGGGCUCUGGCAAGGCCAGUGUCGGUGUCUGUGUUCAACCGACCGGAAGCCAAGACUGAGCAGUCCCUGGUUCUGCACAGCGAUGCCACUGCCCUGCAGAUCCUGAGCCGCGGGUUCCAGACCAGCGCAGUGUCCCGGGACAUCGACACGGCCGCCAAGUUCAUCGGAGCAGGAGCCGCCACCGUGGGCGUGGCCGGGUCAGGAGCUGGCAUUGGGACCGUGUUCGGCAGCCUGAUCAUCGGAUACGCCAGGAAUCCUUCACUGAAGCAGCAGCUCUUCUCCUACGCUAUCCUGGGCUUUGCCUUGUCUGAAGCGAUGGGUCUCUUCUGUCUGAUGGUUGCGUUCCUCAUCCUGUUCGCGAUGUAAACUCCCCCCCCUCACACUUGGAAGGGUCCAGGGGGGAGGUUAUGGCCCCUGAGGGCCCUGCCCCCUGGGUGUGUGAAAACCUGACGUGCAGAUUGAGGCUGUGGGAUCGCCAUUCCAUUCGUUUCUGUUUUAAAAACUUUAGCGUCUUUUUUGUUAUGUAAUACUAUUUUGUGUUUUUUUUUUUUUUUUCGUUUUAGGCAAAUGUCUAAAUAAAAAAUAAAAAUAAAAAAAGGGUUUAA